AUGUUACACCAGAAGACUAAAUUUGAGCGGAAGGAGUACAAGACUGGAGAUAACAAAAGGAUUGACGUUAUUUCUAAUGACAUUACUGGAGUGCACACGAAUGACCAUCCUGAACUGACAGCAGACAUUCCACAUACCAGUAUUAACAGACCGCAAGUUGGAGGUCGUAUAGAUUGUCUCAUUGGAUACGACUACGCAGCUUUCCAUCCAGUGCCGAUAAAAGUUGCAGGACAUUUACUUGUACUUCAGAAUAGAUUUGGUCGCCUAGUAGGUGGUUGCCAGCCAGUGAGAAAAGGUGUAUUUACUAAAAGAGUGGAAAAUGCACAGGUCUGCCACGUUCAAGGGCAUCUAAACGAAUUCUUUUCUAUUGAAAGCUUAGGAAUUCAGUGUACACCUAGAUGUGGUUCUUGCAAAUGUGGAAACUGUCAUCCAGGGGGAAAGGAUAUGACAUUGAAGGAAGAGAGAGAAUACAGGCUAAUUGAAGAUAACUUAAAAUAUGAUGAAACCGAGAAAAGGUGGAAGGCGGCUUAUCCAUGGAUAAAGGACCCCCAUGAACUUCCAAACAAUAGAUCGGUUGUGCUAGCAAGAUUACAGUCAACCGAAAAACGCUUACUAAAGAACUUAGAACAUGCUGAUACUUACAAUCGACAAAUUCAAGACAUGAUUAAAAGGGGAGCUUCCAGAAUAGUCAGUACGGAAGAAUUGAAUCAGUAUCGCGGACCAAUUCAUUACAUUUCCCACCAUGCCGUCCUUAAGCCGGAUUCUAAAAGUACACCGUGUAGAAUCGUAUUUAACAGCAGUGCCAACUUCCACGGCCAUGUCCUCAACGAAUAUUAUGCUAAAGGCCCAGAUAUGUUGAACACGUUGCUGGGGGUCUUGCUGAGAUUCAGAGAAAAUCGUGUAGCCCUUCUUGGCGAUAUAUCAAAAAUGUUUCACGCUAUAAAAAUACCAAUUCGUGAUCAGAUGACACACUUGUUCUUAUGGCGAGAUCUUCAGACAGAUAAAGAACCAAACACAUAUGCGAUGACAGCUGUAAAUUUUGGAGACAAACCUUCCGCGACUAUGGCUAUGGUCGCCCUACGAAAGACGGCAGAAAAGCAAAGGCAGAACUACCCCAUAGCGUGUAAAGCAAUUAUAGACAACAGUUACAUGGACGACAUCACAGACAACGCUGAUAACGCAGAGGAAGCAAUUCAGCGAACUCGGGAGAUCGAUAUCAUUCUUGCAACGGGUGGUUUUAAGAUUAAGGAAUGGACGAUAUCUGGGUUAGAGAAACCAGGUAGUGAUGGAACUCAUCCAAUUGGUGAAUUAGAUAAUGAGAAUACGGAGAAAGUGCUUGGAAUGAAAUGGCAAUUUAAAGUUGACCACUUACUUUUUGAUAUCAACAAGCAAAGUCAACGCCUCUACCGAUUCCAACAGACUUCAGAGCCAUCAAGAUUCACAAGAAGAGAGAUAUUAUCAGUUGUCAACGGUAUAUACGAUCCCUUAGGACUUCUUUCACCCUACACCGUACAAGCCAAAAUCAUGAUGAGAAAACUAUGGACAAAGGAUCGACAAAUAUCGUGGGAUGACCCACUGCCGGAAAAUCUAGCGGAUGAAUGGCGUGAAUUCUUUCAAGUGCUACCUGAAUUACAAAGGAUUUCUUACCCGCGAGCCAUCAAACCGGAAAAAGCUGUUGGAGAACCUACAUUGGUCAUAUUUUCUGAUGCAUCUGGAACAGCAUAUGGUGCCGUGGCUUACGCCAGAUGGGAACUGAUUGACGGGUCAUUUGGAAGUAGAAUCAUUGUGGCUAAGAAUCGAGUCGCACCCAUAAGGAUAAUUGACAUUGUGCGCUUGGAGUUAAUUGCUGCUGUUUUAAGUAAGCGCAUCAGAUGCUUUAUCGAAAAGGAGACUAAAUUGAAGUUCUCAAAAGUGUAUCACAUAGUUGAUAGUGAAAUAGUCAAAGCGAUGAUCUCGAAGGAAAGUUAUGGUUUCAACACAUUUGCUGCAAACAGAAUUGGCGAAAUACAACACUUUACCAGCCCAUCAGAAUGGUUUUGGGUGAAGGGCUCUCUAAACAUAGCUGAUUGGAUCACCAGGGGAAAACAUCCAAAAGAUCUCGACAGGGAGAGCAUUUGGCAGACCGGACAACGAUUUUUGUCUCGAUGCGUUGAUAACUGGCCCGUUCAAAGUACAACCACCAUAAAAGAAUUACCAGAAUGUCCAAAGAUUUCCUUUGUCGCUGUGUCCGAUGGUCAGUUUGUGGAAACAUUAGCUGAGAGGAUCGAUAUUGAGCGCUUCAGCAAACUCGAGCUACUUAGAAAUACGACAGCAAGAAUCCUAAGAUUAUACAAAAGAUUCCUGUCGACCAACCAAGGUAGAGAAAUAGGCAAAGGCGAGCUGACAAUAGAGGACCGGCAAUAUGCAGACAAUUUUUGGAUCAAGGAAGCUCAGAGAACUAUCGAGGACGAAGUUAAGAAGGGAAAGUAUAUUAAGCUGUGUCCGAAGUAUGAAGAUGAAAUUCUGGUGGUGGGUGGUCGGACAGAGCGAUGGAUGGAGGCGACGUGGAACAAGCAAAAGUUCAUCCUCUUACCAGGAAAUCACAGGCUAUCCUAUCUUAUUGCCUCAACAGAGCAUAAGUUGAGUGGACACUUGGGGAUAUCAGCGACGAUAUCAAGAAUUAGGUCGCACUACUGGAUCAUUGGAGUGAGAGCCUUAGUGAAAGGAAUGCUGUCGCGAUGUGUUAUCUGUAUAAGGAAACGCAAGGAAAAGAGUCUUCAAGUCAUGAGUAGCCUCCCUGUUGAGAGACUUCGCCCGUCGCCACCGUUUAGUUCAACCAGUUUGGAUUUCUUUGGACCAUACCUCAUUCGUGGCGAAGUUCAAAAACGAGUCAGAGGAAAGUGUUAUGGUGUAAUAAUGACAUGUAUGGUGUCAAGAGCAGUUUACAUCGAUUUAAGCCACGACUACUCGACAGAUGCUUUUCUUCAAGUGCUACGACGAUUUUCUAGUUUACGGGGUUAG